AUGGCACGACUUAUAUAGUUUUUUUUUUUUCAGUGAACGUCUAGGCGAUACAAAUAUGAAACCAGAUAUACCCGAUUAAUUAGUUCUCCUGCCAUGAAAAUUGAGAAUGGCGAGCAUGAAUUGUUUGACGUCAAAACGGGUCAGGUGUACGUACAGUACUGAUACAUGUAAGAAGAUUCAUCUUGAACAUUAACCGCAGUGUUUGUAACUGCAAUGGAACCUACCCAACAAAGCCAUUACAAUGGCCGUUCAGUAAUGUUGUGGUUAUGAGUUGUGGCAAUUGAAAAAUGAUUUUAGCGAUUAUUGCCUGUAUCGAACGAAUCAAAGAGAUGGCUGUACAGGUCUGUUUCGUUGGAAAAAGCAGUUUGAAACGCCCUUAAUAUAUCUUCCCCGGCAAUUUCCAGUGCAGUCAUGAAAAUCUGAUGUAUGCCUGUUAGUGCCUAUUGGUUUUAAUUUUUCUGGUGGUUUUGGAGAAUAGGGUUAUAAUAGGACUCUGUUGGUAUAUGGUGGCAUAAUGCUGUAUAGGAAGAGAACUGGGCUGGGGCAGGGGGGAAUAAGCUGGAUUAUUGGAGGGUAUCUUGGCCGAGGUGCAUAAUUUAAAAGUCCUCUCAGUCUGAACAAUUCUCCAUAUAGUGUAAGUUCUCAUUAAACAUUUCAUUUUGAAUAUCAGAAAAAAAUAUAGACUGUUGUCAAUAUUUAAACAAACAUUUUCACUUUUUCAUAUGGAAUGUUAGGGCCUGGCAUGUAUUUAUUUUGUUUGAUUGUAAAUGAAGUAACUGUAAUGAAGAACUGUCACACUGGAGACAAAUUGUUAUCUGAACUUCUCAGUCCUUGAAAGAUGCAGGAGUUCUGUUGUGUGAUCUCAUUACAUCAGCAAUUUACUUGAGACUGGUGGCAGUUACAGAUGAAAUGCUCAGUAAUGAAUGUGUGUUGGCAUCAGCAGAAGUUCAGGCUCUAAAACAGAUCAUCAGAAUGACUCAUGAGGAUUUAAUGAUUAAGAAUGAACAGAAGGAAAUGAGUGAUUACACAUCAGGUGAUAAUAGUAGAAGUGUUGGGAUUGACACAUGUGAUUUAAACUCCUACAUCAAGGAAAGAACAAAGAGUAUAGAUGUAUUAAACAAGAGUAUAGCUGUUGACACAAGUGACUUGGAGCUCCACUAUGAAUAUUAUAAACAAGAGCAUGUGAAACGUACUAAAACUGUUUCAACAGACACUAGAGAUCUUGACUACCUCAAACGAGUGACCUCUACCUCUGCAGUAUCAGUUGAUACAAAUGAUUUACAGAUCUAUAUUGACACACAUUUUGCAAACAUAUCCUGUCAUAAUGGGAUUUGUAAAACAGAAACUGAUUUGGACUGUGAUGCUGAAAGUACCCCAAGAUGUAGUCAACAAAACUCAAAUUCUAGAAAUGCUACCCCCCUCUCUCCUAAAUCAAAUGACUGUUAUUACCAUCAGAAGGAAGAGAGGAGUAAGUCUAAGGAUGGAAAUUGCAGUUUAGGAUCAAGACCGACUCAGAACACUGAAGAUGAUUCUAGUAACGACAACAAGUUAGAUUGUGGUCUGGACAUAAAUGGUGAUUCUGAUUCGAGUGAAAAUGAAGACAGUUGUGAAGGAAGUACAACAAAGGGAACACAUUCUGAAAUUAAGGUUGAAGAAAAUAAUGAAAGAAUUGUUCCUACAAAAAGAAAAGUUGGUAGGCCUAAGGGAACAGUAAGCCGCUGUGUAAAAUCAGCUAAUCGAAAUCCAGAAAGACGGUUUGAAUGUGAAGUUUGUAAGGCUAUGUUCACUCGCAAGCACAGCCUCAUGGUGCACCUUUGUAUUCACAGCGGACUAAGACCAUUUCCUUGUUCAGGAUGUGGCAAGGCAUUCUCAACAUCGAGCCAAGCACAGAGACAUGCUCGCAUGCACCCACAGGCUUCUGCAGAUGAAAUUGUAAAGGAAGAGCCAGGAUCUGAUACUGGAAUAAUUCUGAAUGAACACAAAGAUGAGGAUGAAGAAGCUGAUGUUAUAGGUGAUGAUUUUACAGGCGUUACCAGCCUUCACUGUAUGCUGUGUGACCUGGACUUCGAUUGUAAACAGUCUUUUACGCAACAUAAACGUGCAGCUCAUGGUUUGACAAAUCGACAGACACGAGAAUGCCUAACUUGUGGUAAAGCUUUUACGUGUGCCAGUGCACUUAAAUGUCAUGAAACCGUUCACACUGGUAAAAGAGAUUUUGCUUGUGUGACUUGUGGAAAGGCUUUCCCAACCAAGACUUGUCUGAAAGCACAUGAAGCAACUCACACUGGUCUGAAACGAUUUGUUUGCCAAACAUGUGGCAAGGCUUUUGCUAAGAAAGACAGUCUUAAAGUUCAUAAUCGUAAACACACAAAUGAGCGUCCAUUCAGUUGUGAUCUAUGUGGACGUUCGUUCGACAGGGCUUUCACUUUGAAGAACCAUCGACUUACUCACACAGGAGAAAAAACACACAUGUGUGCUGUAUGUGGCAAAGCAUUUUCUACUCGUGGUGCUCUGAGUACCCAUGAACGUAUUCGUCACAAUACAGAUCCCGAUAAACCAAAAGUUUACAAAAGGCGAGCUCGAGAUUUUGAACCAAGUGUUUGUGAGCAGUGUGGGAAAGUGUAUUCUAAUCGUGGCAAUUUGAGGAUCCAUAAAGCCAGUGCUCAUUCGACAGAAAAGCCCUUCCUAUGUACAGCCUGUGGUAGAAGCUUUGCAAAGAAAUACACCCUCCAGUGCCAUGCGAGGAAACAUUCAAAUGAGCGCCCCUUCCCAUGUGACCAGUGUAGCCAGUCUUUCUACCGUAAAUCAACUCUAAAAACUCAUAAACUUCGCCAUACAGGUGCACGACCUUAUGUGUGUCCGUUGAACUGUGGCAAAGCCUUCACACAAAGUUCAAGCCUUUCAUAUCAUGUUCGUCAUCAUGAUAGGCCACCAAGGGCCACAAAUGGGAAGAAACGCAGAAGAAGGAAACCCAAAUCAGGGGUUAGGUCUUCUCCCCUAAUGGCCCCACUAGCUUUAGUGGGCCCUCUACCUCAGCCGCAGGAACCUCUCCCACCUCCACCCCCUUUGACAUUCAAUGCAGCUACCUAUCAGCCAAAUGGGGCACCUCCAUGUGGCAGCACACAAUCUCUGGCUCAACUCUGAUUGGUCCAUUAUUGUGGGUGUCAUUGCCAAGAAUAUUUUUAAUUAAUGAAUGUUUAUGCAUAUGGUGUGUGUGUUCCUUCAAGAGAUCUUUUAAAGUGUCAUGUGACAUGUUACAGUGUUCACUUAUCCUCCAAAGUUAUUAUAUUUAUAUAUUUUUAUAUCAUUUUACUGUAUAAUGUGACACAGAUGGUAUGUAAUUAUUUAAAGUAUGAUUGGAUCUUUAUAAUUUUGGUGUCUGUUUUAGAUACAAAUAUAAAUAAGUGUCCUGUGUUUGUC